AUGCAUCUAGCACGGUCCGCUGAAGUGCGCACGUUGAUCGCGAGCAUCGCUGAGUUCUGGGAGAGUAAUGCGAAACGGUUGUCUAGCGAGAAGAUGAAGGCUUGCACGUCGGUGGUGCUCGCAUGUCUGCUGAACCGCGAAGUGUCCACCACGGGCUCCAAGCGGCUAGACUGGCGUUACUUCUUCGUCGACCGAUCCGGCAUCGGCCAUGCCACCCGCGGCUUCGCACGGCACGUAGCGAAAGGGCUGCUUCUAGCUAUGGGCGUUAUCGACAUCCGCGACGUCGACGACCCACAGUGGGAGGCUAGCUUACGCCUCAGCGGCGACAACACAGCCGCCAUGGGCUUCUGCGUCGAGUACCUCGUGCUCCGGACGAUCCUGCACGAAGGCUGCCCUGCCGCUGGCCGAGUUCGCGAACAAGGCGGGGAGUCAUCGCGUGUUCUCAGGAGACGUUCCCCCGCCGCUGCGAGAUGA